AUGUUCAUGCAGAUCGAAGCAACAACCUCCAUCCCAAACACAGUGCUGUUUGUAGAGUCCUGUAAGGCCACGCCGUAUGACAACCCAAACUCUCGCAUCAGCUACACCAUCAUCGAACACGGGUGUGCAAGAGACAACACAGUGCAAAUCUACCCGAGCUCCAGAACUCAAUUCAGAUUUGGAAUGGAAGCUUUUGAGUUUAUCGGCGCUCAUGAUGAGGUGUACAUCACUUGCUCGGUCAUGCUGUGUGAGAAUGGUGCUUCCGGGACCAGGUGCUCUCGGGGAUGCGUCCAGUCCGGCUCAGAGCACCAUCGCAGGAGAAGAGAAGCUGUGGCCGAGACUUCCAGACACUCAAUUUCCCAGGGUCCUUUGCACCUGGUUAAAACUUCUGACAACCAAGUGUCUCGGCCAAGCCUGAAUCUGGGCCUGAACCUGAUCUUCAUUGUCGGCUGCCUCCUGGCGUGUGGAGUGGUGAUCUACCGAUCAAGGAGGUCCAAAGCUAACUACCAACAGCUGCCAACCUCUGAGACCGACUGAGGACAGAGGCGAAGUCUUGAUCCACGACACUUCUGCUAUAGUCUGGGUUUUUUGUUUCUUUUUGGGGUGGUGGUUUGAGUUCAAAAAGAUGUAAAGUUCAUAGAGUGUGCAGUGAGUGAAUGGAAUAUUUUGGGGGAAAAAAUCUUAGUGUAGAAUGAAUAUAUACAGACUUCCUAUGAAUAUUAUUUUUGAGGCUUUUGGUAAAGCAUUACAGUCAUUUUAAAAUGUUUCUCACACUGUUACUGACAAAUUGUAUUACUGACAAAUUAUACUUUACGUAAAUAAAAGUACUUUCACACUGACUCAACUAAUGUAAAAGUCCUGCAUUCAAAGGCUUACUUGAGUAAAAAUACAAAAGUAUCAGCAUCAAAAUGUACUUCAAGUAUCAAAAUUAAAAUUACUCAUUAUGCUC